AUGAAGCCUUCAACAAUGCAACGUGUUCCCUCUAUUACGCCCACAAAUUCUGCGUUAGGAGCUUCAUCAUCACCUGCUACCUUUCCAUCAAUAGUCAUUUCUUCCAAAGAGCAGGUUCAACACGCUGGAAAAAUUUUAGAUCAAAAUUUGGUGAAGGACAGCGAUUUUAUUGAUGUUCAAUUGUUGUCGAAACACCAUAUCGUUACCGGAGAUGAUUUUUUUGUGAAAAAACAAUUUGUCGCUUUACCGGAUCCAAUCUUUGAAGAAUAUCGUCGCCUUGAAUACAAAUGCUACAUGGGAAUUUUCCCUGAAAUUCAUCGAGCAUGGAUUACAAUUGACAACAAAUUCUUCAUCUGGAGUUAUUUGGAUGGCAGUGAUUUCAAUGAAUAUGAUGAAUUGGAUCAAGUUAUUAUUAGUGCUGGGCUUGUUAAGCCAAAACCAGGCGUAUUUAAAGACUAUGUCAAGUAUUUGUUGGUAUUGGCAACACCUGUUGAAGUUGCACUAGUAGCACUUACAUUCAACAACAACAAUGUUGCUUCACCUUCGGGAGCCGCCCACCUUGAUCAACAACAUUUAACCUUCGACUCGCAAACAGGUGCUGUUUACUCGGAAAUGGAGCUAUUCUCGACAAAUUACAUUAUUCCAUCGGAUAAUGUCAACAUGAUCAAGAUUAUAGGUACUCAAAACGGAAGAAUAUUCAUGUGUGGAAAGGAUGGAUGUUUGUAUGAAUUAACAUAUGAACCUGAAGAAGGAUGGUUUAAAAGCAAAUGUAGGAAAUUGAACCAUUCACAAAGUUUUGUUGGUAUUCUAGUACCAGCAUUCCUCAAAUUUACACAUGAUGACCCAAUCAUAGAUAUUGUUGUUGAUGACACUAGAAAUUUCUUAUAUACACUUUCCGAAAACAUGACAAUUGAUGUCUACGAUCUAGGAAAAGAUGGAACGGGAAUGAACAAGAUUGUAUCCUAUUCUAAAUUGAUUGCGGAUGUUAUGCGAAAAUUCCCUAACACAAACAGAGACUAUUCCAACAUGAAAAUCAUAUCUAUUGCUCCAGUAACAUCAUAUGAAUCGAAAAUUAUCAAUUUAGUUGCUAUUUCCUCUAAGGGUGAUCGUUUAUUCUUCAGCACUAAUGCUGCAAGUGGAUCUACAGUUGGUUCUCCUGUUUUAUCUCUGAUGGACAUUAAGCCUCUCUCGCUACCAAAGUCUAGUUUACAUCGUAGAGUUAAUGAGAUUCAUGAGUGCUUUUAUAAAGAUGGAGCUUUUAUUAUGGCAGGUGCCAGGAGUGAAGAAGUCGACGGCUUGGUUUGCAUCUCAAUGGAGAGAAAGACCAUUGCAAAUACAUACCCAGAAUAUUCAGUUCCUAUUUAUGAGAAUAUGAAUGUUAUCAAUUUGGACAAUGGACGAACUCACGCCAUUGCAGAAAUUCCACUCUAUUUAGAUCCAUUGCUUGUUUCUUCUGAUAAUGCCCUUAAUGAAAUUACAGUUCAACAUAUUAAGCCACCAAGAGAAUUUGUGUGUCUGAGUAGCAGUGGUAUGCAUUUACUUGUUAAACUCCGCCCAGUUGAUUUCUUACAACAGAUUUUGCAGCAAACACAACCCGAAGAACUAUUGAAAAGCUUUGUCAGUAGAUAUGGAGAAGAUGAAACAUGUGCCAUGUGUAUAAUGUUGGCAUGCUCUCCACCUCCUUACAAUACCAUUACCGAUUCAUCUCAAAUUGUUUAUCUCGACGAUCAUCAAUUGAAUAGACGAGCUGAAGAAACAUUCUUCAGAUUUGGAGGCAUUCCACAAUUCGAAAUUGUUUCUGACACCAGAAGAAAUUUCCUUUUCACUAACGACAUUAUGGGAGGUCCUGUGAGCACUCAAGAUAUCAGUCACAGCGCUAAACACAACGGACUGUAUCUGUACUUGUCUCGAUUAUUACGACCUCUAUGGAAUAGUCCUCUCUUUAAUUAUAAGAAGGUGGACGAAAACGAAUUGGUGAUAUCAUCAACACGGUACAGCUUGCGACAGCUGAAAUACAUGUUGCAAGCAUUAUUGGCCGUUCUCAAUUUUAUGGACAGAUAUCCUCACUUGUUUGGAGAAGCUCAAUCAGCUCAUGGUAAAACCAUUCAAGACAAAUAUGUUGAUCUUGUUCACAUCAAAAAAGACGAGGAAGCAAAGAGACUUGAACAAAAAUCGCUUAACUCUCUUUAUAAUUUAUUGAAACGAAGUUAUCAAGCUUUACUAUUCUUCUUCUUUAUGACAAGAUGUGAUAUUGGAGACAGAUUAGCCCAAGUUCCUCCAAAUAGAGUAAGUCGUUUGGCUGAAGUGACUUUCCGUAACUUGAUCCUUCAAGAUCAAGGAGAAGAAGUCAUGAGAGAAAUGGUUCGUCUUGUUAUUCUAAGCGGAGAAAAUGUUGAAACCAUUUGCAACGAGCUAAAAUCUUGUGACGUAUUCUUUAACCAAUACGAUUUAGAAGAAUACAAAGCACUUAACCUUUUGGAAAGAGCCAAAAUUCAAAAAGAUGAAUCCCUAUUGAUGAACUCAUUGGACAUUUACAAGAGAAUUGCCGGCCAAAUUAAUGUAUUGGUAGUGUGUAAAGAAUUUCAAAAACUUGGAUGUUAUUCUGGAGCUGUGGAUUUGGCGUUGAGCAGUGCUGAACUUCAAGACCCAAAGAAUUUGGCAUUAGAAUGGGUGAAAGGAGGAAAAUCGGCUCUUGACGUCGCUGGUCAACAAGCUUAUCAGGCCAGACUUGAAUGCUAUUAUUGUGCAUUGGGUGUUCUUGAAGAUUUUACCAAGAAGAGAACCGGUCUACAACAUGAUAUUGAAUCAACUACAGCCUCAGAGACUGUCAAUAGAGAGAAAAUGUUCAACGCUGUGAUUGAGAAAAUGUCAAAAUCACGAGAUCCACUUUUCCAUGAGACGCUUUAUUUGUGGUUGAUUGAACACAAUUUCUCUUCCAAACUCCUAAGUCUGAAUACGCCAUACAUUGAAGACUUCUUAUUGAAGCAAAACAAGCACUACGACGAACUCUCAACCUAUUACAUUAAUAAUAGAAGAUUUGAUAAGGCUGCCAAGGUUCUUCAAAGACUUGCUGAAACAAAGAGUUCAGAUCGAGAUCUUGACACGAGAAUUCAAAAUCUUACUCAUGCCAUUAAUUAUGCCAAGGCUGCUCAAACUCAAGACGAUUUGUUAACAAUUCUACAAGACAAAUUAGAUGUUGCCAGAAUUCAAAAGAGAGUACUUUCUGAGAUUCAAAUGUUACCAAAGACUGAUGAAACAGUGAAUGCCAUUACAGCUCUCAAUAGCUCUCUUCUUGAUCUUAACACUCUCUACAAUACCUAUGCUGAGCCAAUGGAUUUACUUGAAUCAAGACUGUGCAUUCUUCAUUGUGCUCGUCACAAAGAUGAUAAGCUUAUUCAAGAGCUAUGGAAUGAACUUAUUGAUAUUUCUAUGAAGAAUGGAUUGCAAUUCACAGAGGAUAAAAUUGCAAGCCUAGGAAAGGAUUUAUCGGGAAUCUUCUUCCCACUUGAGUUUAUUUGUGGACAACUUGAAAAGAGAACUCUCGACAAGCAACCUUCGGACUGGGUGAUAAAAUUGAUGAAAGAAAAAGUUGGCAUCAGACAUCUAGAUCUUUACAAUGCCUAUCACAAUCUGUUUAUUUUACUGAGUCCUGGAUCUAGUACACUUGACGACGAUUUAAGUAUGUUUGCUCAAGGUAAAUAUGGAGGCCUUCCAAACACCCCACAAAUGCUACUUCGAAUUUUGGACAAUAUUACCAGAAUUCUCAAUGAUUGGAUUCAUGAAAUUUUCAAUCAAACAUAUGACAGUUACUCUGCCCAACAAACAUUUUCAUCAGGUGACAUUAAGAAGGAUAUUGAUGAAUACAUGUCUGCAUUGGAUACCUUCAGCAAUACUAAAACUCAAGAGAUACGAAGACAAUUUUCUGAUAUCCUUCGUAAAAUCAAUAAAUGA